AUUCACUUUGGCCUGUGAUAUCUAUUACAUUAUCACACUCAUAUCAGGUCAUCCUUUUUUGAAGCUGUCAUUGUCUAAACCUUUUUCAUAUGCAAAUCAUGCUAGUCCUUCCGUUAGGGGUGAGAAAAACAUAAUAGCUAAGAGGAAGGAAAGAGUUCCUAAAAUAAACUUACAGACAGGGUUGGGUUUGUUUUAGUGACUUCAGAUCCACUGUUUAAUAAGCUGCAUAGUCCUGGAUCCUGGCAAGCUGAGGAGUCUGCUCCACUAGGUGAAAAGUAUGUCACCACUUCUGGGAAAUAACAGUUCAUAUGAACACGUGGAAAAUGCUGGACUGUAUAAUUCACCAGAAUCCAUUGUUUCCCUUGCUAUCUUCAUCCUUGUCUUCAUACUGGGUGUGCCAGGCAAUGGCUUGGUCAUCUGGGUUGCAGGCAGGAAAAUGAAGCGGACUGUAAACAGUGUUUGGUUCCUGAACCUUGCCGUGGCUGACUUCCUGUGCUGCCUUUCUCUGCCUUUCCACAUUGCUCAUCUGAUCCUCCAUGACAACUGGCCAUAUGGCUCGUUCCUUUGCAAGGUAAUCCCCUCAGCCAUUAUCUUCAAUAUGUUUGCCAGUGUUUUCCUUCUUACUGCCAUCAGCAUUGACCGCUGCCUCUUGGUGAUGAAGCCAGUCUGGUGUCAAAACCGUCGCACAGUCAGGUUUGCGUGGGUGACAUGCGCUAUCAUCUGGAUCCUGGCUUUUGUUAUGUGCUCUCCAGUCUUCCUGUACCGAGAGACCUCUGUAGAUAAAUCUGGCAAAACAAAGUGUGACUACAACUAUGGAGAUGAAGAAUUUUAUGAGUACCUGUAUAAUGGCAAUGAUUCUGACAUGAACUAUGACUUUUUUUGGGACAAGGAUCUAGGGGACUACGCAACUGUGGAGCCAACUGGAACCCAUGAUGACACCCUCUUAACUUAUCAGCUUCCUGAUGAACACCUGGAUUUCCAAAUACCCAUCCAUCCCAGUGCUUCUACCAUCAUUAGCCCACCGUCAUUCAGUCUUCUCCAUUCGGUGGUACCAAAUGACCUUGAUGCUACAGCUGCCACAAAUUCAUCUACAGUGUCUUUUGCUCACCCUGAUUUCAAGUCCUCUGAGCCUCCUGACAGCCCUCCUGAUGUUGACCCAUUCACAAUGACCGAUGCCAUCAUCCCUUUAGAGUUAUCUGACCUUCCUGGUGGUCCUUCUGGCAGGUUCAAUGAUGGAAUGUCUUCACCAGAGAAUACAAUGGAAGAUUACAGUGAUUACGUCCCCAAAAGCAGCCUGUCAGUCAUCACUUUGACCAUCACUAGGACUGUCUUUGGCUUCCUUCUCCCUUUUGGCAUAAUGGCAGCUUGCUAUGGCCUCAUUGCCUUCAAGAUGCAUGCAUCUCAAUUUAAGAAGCCCCGGGGUAAGACCUUGCAAGUGAUUGUGGUGGUGGUGGCUGCACUCUUUGUCUGUUGGGCUCCGUACCACAUAGUUGGCAUAUUGCUCCUGACAGUGAAGCCUUACACAACAUUAUGGAAGAUGCUACCACUCUGGGACCACCUCUCAAUUGCCUUAGCCUAUGUCAACAGUUGCAUCAAUCCGGUGCUCUAUGCAUUUGUGGGGCGGGACUUCAGGGAGAAGGCAUGUCUAUCGCUGAAGGUGAUCCUGGAGCGUGCCUUGAGUGAGGAAGUUACACACACAACUGCCUAUUCCUGUGACAGGGCCAAGACCUCAACAGACAAGGAUAUCAGCAGUGUCCUAUGAAAUGGGUAUUUUCACUGGCAUUGCAAAGGCAGAGAGCCAGCCAAAGCCUCCCCCAACCCAUGACUUUCUAUUGAAGGACUACAGAGCCAUAACAAGCUUAACUAUAAUCUAUUGGGGACUAGGACACUUCAGAGCAGGCUACUCUCCUCCUUUGACACCUUCCUAGUGAGAGAAGGGAGGUGGGGGAUACUGGGGAAGUGACCUAAGGGGGAAGGAGGGAGGGAGGGAGGCAGGGACAGAGAGGCCUUUACCUCACCAUUUACAGAGAGAAGGGCAUAUGUGGAAGGACACAUGGUGGGGUCAUGUAACUUAUCCUCUGCAUUGCUGAUUGAGAAUGCCACUUAAGACCAUGGAUCUAUUAAAUUGCCAGUCUGUCUCCUAUACCUGCUACAUUAUAGAUGAGAUUCUGCAUUGAUACAUCUCCUUAUUCUGUCACCCUAACCUCCCCCACCCUUCCUUAGGACCCCUGAACCUUCCCUGUAGCAGAAGCUGAUGGAGGGGAAGGGCAGGACCAGCUUUCCUCACUAGCAUUUUACCCCAACCAUGUCCACUGAGCACUGAAAGCUGACUUUAAUGCCAGUAUUCCUGGGGUCACUGUGUAUUGGUUUACUGAAAGUUCCUGUCCUACAAGAAAGUCCCCAAAGGGCCAGGUCCCUUUAUUGCAGGCAGGAGCUCAUUAGAUCUAGGACCCACCUUUUGGAAGCAUGGAAUGAGAUGCAUCAACGAGGCAAAGGGAACUGAUGUAUGCUACACUACUCAUAGAGAUGUGCUUAUUCUGUCUGGAGCUGCUUGGAUGCCCAAACCUAAUCAGAGCAGGGAGGGACAACUUUCCAAGAGGAAAAUCUGAAUGGGUGCAUCAGGUAAAACUAAAACUACGCUGAACUCAAGUUGUCUUGGAAAGUAUUGCCUGACUUCCACCUGUACAUUACCAUUAGACUCAGAUGGGCAUGUGAGAUACAGAGGAAGUCAUGCAGCCACGUACACAGAGUGAUAGAAUUUAUCUGCACACACCUAAUCCUGCUAUUCCUAUAAAUGUGAAAAAGCUAAAUCAAAACUGUGGUUUGGCCCUGAUCUAGGGCUUCACAGAUCUUAAGAGCAUUAUGAGUCUGAAUUUGGUUCAAAGAGGGAAGUGCAAGAUGCACAAGGAAAAGCCAUGAACAAGGGAGCACAUGGAUAGCUGCUCCCCACCUCACACUUUUAUUGGCUGUCUGUGCAAUGUGUAUAGCCAGCAACAGCAAACCCAACAUGGGUGUGAUACAACUGCCACAGUUUUCUCUGCAUGGCAGUUCCUGGGCCCUUGGGAUUCCAGAGAGCUGUGAUCCAGGAAAGAGUUCUAUGUCUGUCUUGCACAGGGUAAUUGAUACCAUUGAAGUCAUGGUAUCAAGAUGGCCCCAGUCAGAGGACACCAUUAGGCUCAUUUGUGCGGGCACCCCUGAUACCAGCAAGAGAAGCCCAUUACACUCUAUAGCGAUGCAAGAGGCAUCACAGAGAGGCUGCCAGAUCAAUAUCUACCUAACCUGCACUGGGGUUGACACUGCUUUGUCACCUCUCACAAGCUAAGCUCAGGGGCUACUUGUUUUAGGAUUAGGCCACA